AACCGGGUAAGGAACAAGAGAUUUUGUUGACCCUUCUUUUCCCACCCCUCUUUUCAACCUAUCCUAUUUUUCUAGUCCCCCGGUCCUGGACGCAGGAAUCUGGUCAAAGGGCCUCAGCUUAAGCUGAGGAUUGGAGACUGAUCACCUCCUCUUGGCAGAGAACUCGAAUUCUGGUUCUGGUACGGCCGAGUUCCAGUCCUCCCUUCUCUGGAAGCCCAGGGAAAAGUCCCGUAACGCCUGGGUGUCUGCAGGUGGCAGGAGACGUCUGUAAGGCCACCCCUUUUUUCUCUUUCUCUCCCCCACUCCUAGACCUUCUGUCUUGUCCCACUCCUUUUCUCUCAACCUGGCCCUCUUCCCUCUCUUUGAAGACCCAAGUUAUUUCCGCUUACUCUGUCUGUCAAUACUUGGACCUAAAGUUCUGGGUCUUUGUAAGAGAUUUUCAGAGAGGCUACGCCGUCUGCUCCCCAUCAACUGUGCUUUCUGUUCCUGGAGAGACGAUCGGGCGUUAGAAGCCCUCCAUCGGGUGCCCUGUUUCUAUAAAUUCAGCCAUUUAAUUGCGCAUUUGGCUGAGUGCUUCCACGUAGAAGUGAUUGACGGGGUUCAGUAUAGUCGCACCUGGUCUUGGGUGAAAAUUAACACCCUAGAUACAUCCUUAGGGGUUAAUUUACCUUUUGAGACCAGCCCUACAGCCCCAUUGAUUGUGCUUACUACCGAACAUUUCCUUUGGCGCUUAUACAAUCAGGCCCUUUGGGACCAGGAGAGAGCUUACAAUCUCUCUAGAGUCAGAUAUAGAGGCAUCCGCCCCAGUACUGGUCCCUUGGGAACGAGAUAUAGGCUAUACCAUCGCUAAAAUGGGAAAUAAGCCUAGCUUCCCUCUAGACACCCAGCUCGGUUGUCUUUUGGCCAACUGGGAGGGACACCAACUGGGAGGGUUAAAAAAGAAAAAACUUAUCAAAUACUGUACUCAGUACUGGCCUACUUACUCCCUGGGAGGAGGGGAAAAAUGGCCCCAGUCAGGAUCACUUGGACACAACACCAUUUUACAGCUCAGUCUAUACUGCAAACGUGUGGGUAAAUACAAGGAAGUUCCCUAUGUUCAGGCCUUUAUGGCCCUCUACCAGGAUUCUAAAAAAAGAGAAAAUAUAAGCUUGAAGACUUUGAUAAAUGCUCUUCCAAAAUCCUUUUAGCAAGGCCUGAAACAGAAGAUCCCCUUGACCUUCUCUUGACCUCCCCUGCUUCAGCAGAGAGACCACGAGGAAGGGAGGGUCAGACACGCCCGAAAGUCAGGAGCCCUGGCCCGGAAGACAUGAGAUCAGAAGGGGAGUCACUCCCAGUCGCCUCGGCUCCUCCUCCAUAUGUCCCCUCCCCCUUGGGGUUACGAUCAGAAAGUAAGCUUUGUCCUCUACAAAAAAAAAGGUCAUCCUCAGACAAAAUCUGCCCCCUAAGAGAGGUACCAGAUGGGGAGGGGGGAACUAUGCACGUUCAUGUUCCGUUCUCUAUGCAAGACAUUACCCAAUGCAAGGAACAAUUGGGUUCAUAUUCCGAGAACCCCCAAAAAUUUAAGGAUAAAUUUGAGCGUCUUAGCCUUAACUUCUCCCUCACCUGGAGGGAUAUAAUGGUCAUCCUCACCCGGUGUUGUAAUGAUGAGGAAAAAGCUCGAAUCCUAGAUCAGGCUAGAAAAGUGGCUGAUGAAAGACAGCGGAUAGAUGUCAGUCUGGCCCCUGCCGAAGAGGCAAUUCCCUCGACAGAGCCAGACUGGGAUCCUAAUACAAGGGCAGGAAAGGAAUCCUUAAGACACCUCAUUACUUGCCUACUACAGGAAAUGACCCAGGGUGUGCGAAAGGUUGUUAAUUAUAAUAAGAUAAAAGAGGUUACACAGAGAGAGAAUGAAAAUCCAGCUCUUUUUUUGGGCAGACUCACAGAAGCCUUUAAAAACUUUACCGAGACAGAUUUAACAAGUAUGGAAGGACGAGUCCUGUUGGCCCAUUCCUUCAUAACCCAGGCAGCCCCAGACAUAAGGAGAAAAUUACAAAAACUAGGAAAAGGACCAGAGACCCCAAUUUCCAAUUUGGUGGAGGAGGCAAAUAGGGUGUUUUUAAACAGAGACCGGGAGGAGGAAGCAAAAAGGGAGCAAAAAGAAGUCCGAAAAGAUAGGAAAAUAGAGAGGCAGACCCAGGCCUUGGCCCAACAACAGGCUAAAAUCCUGGCCUUGAUUCAUCCUGCCACUAUGCGAGAGUCCCGGGGAGAGCAAGGAAAAAAAAAAGAUCUUAACAAUCCACCGCGGCUGAGCCGCACCCAAUGUGCCUACUGCAGAGAAGAUGGACAUUGGAAAAGGGAGUGUCCAUAUCACCCUAAGGGAAGGCGUAUGGUGACCCCUACACCUGCUCCCUCUGUGUUAGUUCUGGGCGACCAGGACUGACGGUGCCCAGCGGCUCGAAAAACCCCCGCGAAUGGUGAGAUCCAGAUCACUCCUCUCGACCCUUGGGUGACUCUACAAAUAAAAGGAGGGGGAGACAGAAACUGAGACUCCAAAGCCAGAGGACAGCUAUUCCUGUAAACCUGUUAAAGAUCUCAGGCUCUUGUUCAAGCGGAACCCCAUCAACCCUCCCUCAGAUAAGUAAAAUGCAUCAUAUAAUGUUCUUCCUCUUUCUAAUCAUAUCUCCCUGUAUGGCUAUUGAUCUCUCCCUAAACGAGGCAUAUACACUUACAAACCACACUGCUUCUCAACUCAACCUAACCAGCCCAUGCUGGAUCUGCAUUAAUGGCAGAAGUUGGGGAUAUGUCCAACCUAUCCCAGGGUAUCAAUGGCCCACCCUUCCAGCCGAGCUACGGGCUGUUACUCAGCGCACCCCAUCUGGACGUAGUAUGGCCUUUUGGGAAAAAGGGGAAAAAAACUUCAUGCCUUGGUACCAGCAACAACUGUCUCUAUUUACCCCCUUGAUGACAUCUGCAAUCCCACCUGAGCCCUUAUUUUCUCUCUUGACUAACAUCCCUCAAGUGACUUUCCCUAUCUGUCUAAAAAGCCACUCCCUAACAGGGGUGUCAGUUGAAAAUCUAGAUGACUCACAAUGUGGGGUGACCUUCACUGUUGAAACCGAUGGGAAAAACCGGGACCUCGAAAUUUCACUAGGGUAUUACGAUUUAGCCCAAAGUUUGGGAACUAGAGGUUCUGGCAGAACCGACACACUAUACCUAUCCCCAAACAUGAGGCUCUCCUCAGAUGCCAUUAACCAGUCUCGAAAAAUCCAUGUUCUGUUCUGGACGACCAAAGAACCACACCCGUUCGUCCUGGUUUCUAAACCGGACGGGCAACUCUGACCCCUGUUAUUCCCUUGUAGGGGUACCCACCCCUAAAAACCUAACCCUAUGGUGGGAGCCCAAACGAAAUACUCUCUACCUUGAGGACAAAACCCAGGAUGCCUCACAACACUUAAAUCCGUUUCUAAAUGCCCUCACUGCUGCCGGUUUUGCAGCAAGUGGGGUGACAGUCUCCUCCCAGCUGCUAAAAGACUGCCCCUGUUCCAUUAUGCCAUGUUCCAGUUGUAAGGCAAAUGGAAAUCCUGUUCCUCUUUGGCAAACCCAUUUUGCUGCCCAACUUAAACCUAGUCAUGGUGUCUAUUUCAUAUGUGGGGAUAAAGCUUAUUUAUCCCUACCACCUUUUUGGUCAGGAACUUGCUCCCUAGGGUAUGUUACGCCCCACAUAGAUCUGGCCUGGAGUAAUACCUCCUUGCCUCUACCAAUAUAUACCAACCAGAGGAUACGUCGUGCGGUAAUACUUACCCCUAUUUUCCUGGCAUUAGGACUGACUGCUGGUUUAACAGGAGUUGCCGUGGGGGGAACUUCUUUACAUAAAUUUCAGCAGCUUUCUACCGACACUGCUGUAUCCAUAGAAAAAACAGCGAGGACCCUCCAACGCCUACAAUCCCAGUUAGACUCCCUAGCCGCAAUGGUCCUACAAGAUCGUCGGGCCCUAGACUUAUUGACUGCAGGACAGGGAGGCACUUGUCUAUAUCUAAAAGAAGAAUGCUGUUUUUAUUAUAACCAGUCUUGGCAGGUCCAAGAAGAUAUCAAGGGGCUUUUGAAACAGGCUACAAAGAUCCGGGAUUUAAGUUCAACAGGUGUAUAAAGUUCUCCUUCUUUCCCUUCUUGGCUCUUACCAUUCAUGGGUCCAGUGAUAACUAUCCUAUUAGGCCUCCUAUUUGGCCCUUAUAUACUCCAACUCCUUACAAAGUUUAUCUCCAGCAGACUCCAGCAGUUCCAGGCCAAAUUGAUGUUACUACAAGGGUGGGAGCUGGUUUCAAAUAUAAAACACCCCAACUUAGAUCAGGUAGAGAGAGACUUCUGCUCUGCUAGGUAGGCCUACGCCCCGACACAGCAAGAAGAAGUUACAAAAGAAAGAGACCUCCGCCCCAAUUCCCAAGAAGCAUCUUGAGUAUGAAGUCUCUCAGGGGGGAGUUGUUAGGGGAAGCACACUGAUUGAAACCGCCCACCCUGGUCAGGUACCAUAGUAACCAUUUGCAUGAGUUGUUUUAUGGCAGGAGAUCCUGAUAAGGAAUACGGAACUAAUAGGCCACCACCAGCCGGAAGAGUUCCGGAAAGAUCGAGAGGAGACACUACCUGUCCGUCCACUUCCCAGAAUCCCUCUUGCUAGCAUCCAUCUUGGCUGAGCGAUGCGUGCGCCACCAGGAAAGACUCUGAAUUAGAAUGAUUGGCCAAAGACCACCCGGAAACUAAUCCCAUCACCAUAAAACCCAAGACUGCGAGCCACGCGGCAGAGCAGUUCUCCUGGGUUCCCUUACCUACUGCUCUCCACUCGGGUGCCCUUUCCCAAUAAAAUCUCUUGCUUUGUCAGCACGUGUCUCCUCGGACAAUUCUUUUCCGAGUGUUAGACAAGAGCCCAACUUUGGGCCCUGGAAGGGGGUCCCCCUUCCUACAA